AAAGCAUCUUGAAACCUCUCAAUGAUCUUAUCAAAUCUUUCUCUAGUAACUAAACAGCUUUAAACAAUAUUUAAUGUUUUCACGCAGUGCUGUCUGAUGUUUCUCUUUGUGUUGUUUCACUAGAGUAAAGUUUCCUUUAUUUAUCCGCCCAGCUUCUGUUUAUGAGAAUCUGAAACACGAUAACACGUAUCGUCCUUCAUGUGACCGUGAAUGCACUUCUGGGGUGUUUGGAUGUGGAGUGUGAUGUCAGUGAACACAUCUCACGUGCCUGCGCUGGUCGAAUGGACCACGCCCACCUUCACACCUGCGGCACAGGCCCGUGUGGCGGCCACCACGCUCCUCUUCCUCUUCGCUGCUGUUAGUAACCUGGCACUGCUGGUUAGCGUGUCAUGUGGCCGGCGUGUGGCGUCUCACCUGCGUCCCCUCAUCAUGAGUCUGGCAUCGGCUGACCUGAUGAUGACGUUUAUCGUGAUGCCGCUGGAUGUGGCGUGGAACAUUACGGUUCAGUGGUAUGGGGGUGACGGACUCUGUAAGCUGCUGUGCUUUCUCAAACUGUUCGCCAUGCAAACCUCUGCCUUCAUACUGGUGGUCAUCAGUCUGGACCGCCAUCACGCCAUCCUGCGGCCCCUGGACUCACUCAAUGCCCAACACAGGAACCGGAAGAUGUUAUUACUGGCUUGGAUCCUCAGUGCGCUCAUUGCAUCACCACAGCUGUUCAUCUUCAGAACUGUCAAGGCAGAGCAUGUGGACUUCACUCAGUGCGUCACACACGGCAGUUUCCACGAGCGUUGGCACGAGACAGCGUACAACAUGUUUCAUUUCGUAACGCUUUACGUGAUUCCGCUGCUGGUCAUGAGCUGCUGCUACACCUGCAUCCUCAUUGAGAUCAACAGACAGCUGCACAAUAGCAAAGUGGGAGAAUUCUCUCUCAGACGCAGCAGAACCGAUAUGAUCCCAAAGGCCAGGAUGAAGACCCUGAAGAUGACCAUCAUCAUCGUCCUGUCAUUUGUGGUGUGCUGGACGCCGUACUAUCUGCUGGGCAUUUGGUACUGGUUCCAGCCAGAGAUGUUGAAGGUCACGCCCGAGUACGUCCAUCACCUGCUCUUCAUCUUUGGUAACCUGAACACCUGCUGUGAUCCCAUCAUCUACGGUCUUUACACUCCUUCCUUCCGCGCUGACCUCGCCCGCUGCUGGCGCUGUCGCCCGCCCCCCGAAUGCCCUCGGGAUCGGCUCUCGGCCCAGCAUGAAGAGCGCAGGUCCGACCCGCCGGCGUGAACGGCACUUAAGGUUUGAGAUGUGGAGAAUAAAAUGGAGCUACGUGAUGGCCGACACGACAGUAAAUGAUGUUUACAAGCCAGUUUGAAAAGUUGGUGUUAAAUAAAAGAGUCUGUGAUGAAUCUGUGAUCAUGGCCUGAAAAAUACAAGCAGUCUGGGUGACGACACCUGUAAAGCAGUUAAGUUUUAUAAAGAUGUCAUUGUUUUAAAGCUUCUAUAGAAAGUGAAUGAUAGAGAAAGAAAACCUCAUGAGCAGCAGAAGCCACCUACAGGCCGCCUCUCAGAGUCCAACAGCGCCGCAGCUUUACAUGCAUUCAGUUCUUCUGAAAGAAUUCAGUUUAUAAAAGAGCUCAGAGCAGAUUUAGAAAAGCUCGGCAGAUUUCACAGCGGGCUUCUCUUAUUAAAACAGCUCGGUGUGUGUGUUUGUUGUGUGUGUGUGGGUCAGGUGUGUUGUGUUUGCUCAUACAAACUCAUUUGUUUUCUGUUCAUCAGAUUGUAUUUGUUUUGUCUGUUGAUGUAUUAUAUUCUACAGUAAGCACAUUACAUCAUCAGUGUUUAUCUUCCUUUUACAUUACACUGAAUCUAUUAUUAAUAUUUGAUGCAAAUGACUGCAGUUUCCAGAUGAGAUAUUCACUGAUGCAUGUGAGUCUUCUGAAUGAAAAGUUAUAUUGAGAAAAAAUAAAUGGAUGGACCUGUCAA